GUGUGCUGAGCUGGUCUUGCUGUCCACAAUGACUGCUGUGGCCUCGGCGUGAUCGUGGGGCAGGUAACCAGGUGAGCUGAGGCCAGGAUUUCUCCGAAGACCUGGUACGGCCGACUAAUCCCUGUGAAGAGGGACCAUUGCCAUGGAAACCAGAGCUUUGGGCGGGUGGGGAUUGUGGCCGCGAACACCCUUGCCUGAGGCUUCCUGCGCGGCUGCUUCCUGAACUAACCUGCGGUCCUCCUGCGGCAGAGUUUUUCGUGGCUACAGCCUACUAGAAACGCACCCCUCAUGCCUUGCUGGCUGCUGACCCACUGCCUUGAUGACAGCGCCCCCGUGUGCCCUCCCAAUUCAGUUCCCGCAGCCCUCAGUCAGCGGCCUCUCACAGAUUACCAGGAGCCUAUAUAUCAGCAAUGGUGUGGCUGCCAACAACAAACUCCUGCUAUCCAGCAACCAGAUCACCACAGUCAUCAAUGUCUCUGUGGAAGUGGUGAACACCUUAUAUGACGAUGUCCAGUAUGUGCAAGUGCCUGUAACUGACACACCCAUCUCACGUCUCUGUGAUUUCUUUGACCCUAUUGCUGACCACAUUCACAGUGUGGAGAUGAAGCAAGGCCGCACGCUGCUGCACUGUGCUGCUGGUGUGAGCCGCUCAGCUGCCCUGUGCCUUGCCUACCUCAUGAAGUACCAUGCCAUGUCCCUGCUGGAUGCCCACACAUGGACCAAGUCAUGCCGGCCUAUCAUCCGGCCCAACAGUGGCUUUUGGGAACAGCUCAUCCACUAUGAGUUCCAGCUGUUUGGCAGGAACACUGUGCACAUGGUCAGCUCCCCAGUGGGAAUGAUCCCUGACAUCUAUGAGAAGGAAGUCCAUUUGAUGAUUCCACUGUGAGCUGUCUUGCCAUCUUUUGUAUUGGGGACAGAGGUGCAGGUCUGUUGGUCAUAUACCAAGAACUGAACUUGAACAUCCUACUUUGGUUGAUACAGAAAAAAGCAGAUGAUGCCUUUCAUGAAAGCAGGAAAAAGAAUUGCUAUAGCCUUUAACCUUAUAAUAUGUAUAUCUUUAAAGAUUAAACUCACUAAUUGUGAGAUGGUGAAAA